AUGACCUCCGCCACCGCGAAGCAGAAGCGGGGUGCCGCCGGGGCGCAGGCGCCUGAGGGUGCGUCAAAAAAGGUCGCGAAGAAGCUUGCGAAGAAGGAUCGCAAGAAGGCGGCCAAGCAGCACAGGGCGGAGCUGAGAGAGCGGCUGAAGGAGACGGCUGAGCGGCUGAAGGAGCAGGAUGCCGAGAACGCCCAGUCCAACGGCGUGCGCGGCAAGAAGGCCGACAAAGACGCGAUUAUCGUCGAGUACGUCGAGCCCGACGUGCCCAAGGAGCUCCGGGAGGUCGAGCAGCCCCCGGACGCGAUGGACACGGACGACGCGCCGCCCCCGCCCGCGCCCAGCGAGGUCUCCGACAUCCAGGCGGCGUUCCGCCGGUACCUCGGCGGCGAGGACUCCUCCGACGAGGACGGCGCGCCGGCCGCGGGCGCCGACGGCCCCGCGCGCGACGCCGCGCAGGACGCCCCCGGCGCGUCGGACGGCUCGGACGCCGACGACGAGGGCCGCGGCGACAAGAUCGGGAAGCGCAAGCGCAAGGAGCUCGAGCGCAUGAAGAUCGUCGAGCUCAAGCGCGCCUGCGCGCGCCCGGACCUCGUCGAGAUUUGGGACGUGACGGCGCAGGACCCGCGUCUGCUGGUGCACCUCAAGGGCGUGCGCAACACGGUGCCGGUGCCGGGGCACUGGUCGCAGAAGCGCAAGUACCUGCAGGGGAAGCGCGGCAUCGAGAAGCCGCCGUUCCAGCUGCCGGACUACAUCGAGGCGACGGGCAUUGGCAAGGUGCGCGACGUGUACUUGGACACGGACGGCGGGCCCGGGCUGAAGCAGCGGGCGCGGCAGCGGAUGCGGCCGAAGAUGGGCGGGAUGGGCAUCGACCACGCCGUGCUCCAGGCGGCGUUCUUCCGGUACAUGACCAAGCCGAAGAUGACGCGGUACGGCGAGCUGUAUUACGAGGGCAAGGAGUACGACUGCAAGCCCGAGGGGCUGAUGCCGGGCGUGCUGAGCGCGGAGCUGCGCGAGGCGCUCGGGAUGGACCCCGACGACCGCACCGCGCCGCCGCCGUGGCUCGUCAACAUGCAGCGCUACGGCCCGCCGCCGUCCUACAUGGAUCUCGAGAUUCCGGGCCUGAACGCGCCGCUCCCGGUCGGCGCGGAGUGGGGCUACCAGCCGGGCGGGUGGGGCAAGGCGCCCGUGGACGAGACCGGCGCGCCGCUGUACGGCGACGUGUUCGGGCAGGGUUUGGUGAAGGAGGACUGGCGGGUUGGAGUGGACAUGGAGGCGAAGUUCGGCGUGCUGGAGGUGCUCGAGAGCGAGGAGGAGAGCAGCGAGGAGGAGGAGGAAGAGGAGGAGGAGGAGGAGGGCGGCGCGGAGGCGACGGAGGAGGAGUUACGGGCAGGGACUGCGUCGGUGGCGUCGACGGCGCUGCCGCCGGGCGCGGUCACGCCGAUGUCGACGGUGGAGGUGCGGAAGGACUCGGCCGCGCCGACGCCGAUGCCGCCGGGGCAGUUCGGCGUCGUGCUCGAGCAGCGCGAGGGCCGCGUGGACCGGGGGGACAUCAUGGGUACGACGCACACUUAUGUCAUUCCGGGCAAGGCCGAGAAGGCGCGCGGGCGCGUGGAGGCGAUCAAGGCGCAGAUGGGCGCGGGCGCGAAGGACGCGCAGGUGUCGCUGGACCCGGACGAGAUCGAGGGGUUGUCGGACGAGGAGAUGCGGCGUCUGUUGGAGGAGCGGAUCGCGGAGGAGCGGGCGCGCGCGGGGGCGGUGCGGGAGGACUUCUCCGCGCUCGUGGCGGAGCGGGCGGCGCAGCAGCAGAAGAAGGAGAGCGCGCGGCAGGCGAAGAAGGAGAAGGAGAAGUUCAAGUUCUGA